CCCACACAUGCGCAGUGCAUCGCCGGCCUCUGUAGCGAUGCAAAGAUGGCGUCCUCCCUGGCUAUCUGCAAUGCACGUUUACUCAACUCUGUAGGACUGUCUUCUGGCCACCGUCGGGCUUGGUCGCUGCUUGCCUCAGCUAGACAUGGAGGAACCUGUGCCACGGCGAUCUUGGGGAUACAACGGUGUAGGAUAGGGGGCGACUUUGGCUGUUUGAGACCUGAACAUGCAGUGACAUUGAGACUCACAGGACUGAGGUCUCCCCAUGUUGUCAGCAGUAGUCAGUCCUUCCACACCAGCUGCUCCUCAGCUAACAAACAGGACUUGUAUGAUGUUCUGGGGGUGCCUCGCACAGCCACUCAGAAAGAGAUCAAGAAAGCCUACUAUCAGAUGGCUAAGAAGUACCACCCAGACACCAACCAGGAUGACCCUCAGGCCAAGGAGAAGUUUGCCAAGCUGGCAGAAGCCUACGAGGUGCUGAGUGACGAGGUCAAGAGGAAGCAGUAUGACACGUACGGGGCGGCAGGCUUCGACCCCAGCCAGGCGGGAGGGGGGGCGGGGGGACAGCAGUACUGGAGGGCCGGGGGGGCCAGCGUCGACCCAGAGGAAAUGUUCAGGAAGAUCUUCGGGGAGUUCACAGGAGCGCAGGGUUUCGGAGACUUCAACAGCAUGUUUGAACAGAGGCCAGAGUUUGUGAUGGAGCUGACGUUCACCCAGGCAGCUAAGGGAGUGAACAAGGAGAUGACAGUGAACCUGGACGGUGCCUGUCAGAGAUGUGACGGUAAAGGUAGCGAGCCAGGAACCAAGGUCCAGCACUGUCACUACUGUAACGGCACCGGCAUGGAGUCUAUAAACACCGGUCCCUUCAUGAUGCGCUCUACGUGUCGACGCUGUGGUGGGCGGGGCUCCAUCGUGACCACGCCCUGUGUGAUGUGUCGCGGCUCGGGGCAGACCAAACAGAGACAGACCGUCACCGUGCCUGUACCCGCAGGAGUAGACAAUGGACAGACUGUACGAAUGCCAGUGGGGAAGAAGGAAAUCCACAUCACAUUUAGAGUCCAGAGGAGUCCAGUGUUCAGACGUGACGGGAUCAACAUCCACUCUGAUGUCCACAUCUCUGUAGCGCAGGCUAUUCUGGGGGGCUCUGCUAGAGCACAGGGACUCUACAACACCAUAGAUAUACAGAUCCCUCCAGGUUGCCAGGCCGACCAGAAGAUCCGUCUUCAGGGAAAGGGGAUCCAGAGGAUGAACAGCUAUAGUUAUGGAGAUCACUACGUUCACAUCAAGAUCAGAGUACCUAAGAAGUUAACCCGUCGACAGCGCUCCCUGCUCCUGAGUUAUGCAGAGGAGGAGACUGACGUGGAGGGGACUGUCAACGGAGUCACUGCUGCUACCACAGGUGGGGGCAUGAGUGGUCAGAGCUCUGAGUCUGGGGCAGGACAGGGCAGAACAGAGGGGAAGAAGAAAAGAAGAAGAAGAGGAGGGCGGCAUCCUUUCCAAAAUAAAGAAAAUGUUUAGCUGACAGCCACACCUCAGGUAAGAGAUCAACAGGACAAUAAUGGGAGAAGGUAAGCGACUGGCACUCCGUCCCGCUCACUACCCUCCCUCACCUACCGCCUGGAUAGAGGGAGAGAAAGAGGGAGGUAGAGAAAUUGAGGGGUUUGGAUUUGUUGUAAGAUCAUCCAUUUAGACACGGAACGGGCCACCAAGAAAGCCAAGCCCUGCCACACACUGUUCAGUCCCAAAUGACACAGGUGUUGAGGAACUAAAAACUUGUUUUACCUGGAGGGGUUUCAAAAUGAACAUCAGCAAGGAGUAAAGGAGAAGAUUUGCAAAGAGAAGCGAGGAGAAGAAGCGAAGACAAUAAUUUGAGAAAGCUUUUCACAAUGAGUGUGUUUCAGAUACACAAAUUCUGCACAGAUGAUCAGGACCUGUAUUCAGAGUAGGAGUGCUGAUCUAGGAUCAGUUCCCCGUUGUCCAUUCAUUUUAAUCUGAGGCAAAACUGAUACCAGAUCAGCAUUCCUACUUUGAGACGCUUUAUGAAUAUGGGCCCUGAUCUUACAAUGGCUGGUCUGGAGAAGUGUCUCAGGUACCACGUCCAUAAGAGAGUGUUUGUAUAAUCUGUGCAGAAUGUGUCUAGAACACACCCAUUGGCAUCAUGUUGUGGUCUGAUAAAGGCUGAUGCAUUUAGUUGUAUUGUCAUUGUGGUGUUGUAUGUGUAAGGGACAACACAGCUGUGCAAGACUUUGUUAAUAAAAUAUUGAAGCUGAAAUACAACUUCAUCAUACAUAAAAAUGCUUAAUUGAGGUAAAUGUAGUUGAUAAUCAUAGUUGUAUCAGUGCAUCUCUAAACCCUUCUGGAGUAUAGUAUAGGGGGACCAUGUUUAUUUAUUUGGCAGCAAGCGGAAAACAUAGUAACAAAGUAGUAGAUAUACUACACUGCUCAAAAUAACAGGAACACUAAAAUAACACAUCCUAGAUCUGAAUGAAAUAUUCUUAUUAAAUACUUUUUUUACAUAGUUGAAUGUGCUGACAACAAAAUCACACAAAUUAUCAAUGGAGUCACACUCAAAAUUAAAGUGGAAAACCACACUACAGGCUGAUCUAACUUUGAUGUAAUGUCCUUAAAACAAGUCAAAAUGAGGCUCAGUAGUGUGUGGCCUCCACGUGCCUGUAUGACCUCCCUACAAUGCCUGGGCAUGCUCCUGAUGAGGUGGCGGAUGGUCUCCUGAGGGAUCUCCUCCCAGACCUGGACUAAAGCAUCUGCCAACUCCUGGACAGUCUGUGGUGCAACGUGGCGUUGGUGGAUGGAGCGAGACAUGAUGUCCCAGAUGUGCUCAAUUGGAUUCAGGUCUGGGGUACGGGCGGGCCAGUCCAUAGCAUCAAUGCCUUCCUCUUGCAGGAACUGCUGACACAUUUCAGCCACAUGAGGUCUAGCAUUAGGAGGAACCCAGGGCCAACCGCACCAGCAUAUGGUCUCACAAGGGGUCUGAGGAUCUCAUCUCGGUACCUAAUGGCAGUCAGGCUACCUCUGGCGAGCACAUGGAGGACGGUGCGGCCCCCCAAAGAAAUGCCACCCCACACCAUGACUGACCCACCGGCAAACUGGUCAUGCUGGAGGAUGUUGCAGGCAGCAGAACGUUCUCCACGGUGUCUCCAGACUGUCACGUGCUCAGUGUGAACCUGCUUUCAUCUGAGAAGAGCACAGGGCGUCAGUGGCGAAUUUGCCAAUCUUGGUGUUCUCUGGCAAAUGCCAAACGUCCUGCACGGUGUUGGGCUGUAAGCACAACCCCAUCUGUGGACGUCGGGCCCUCAUACCACCCCCAUUGAGUCUGUUUCUGACCGUUUGAGCAGACACAUGCACAUUUGUGGCCUGCUGGAGGUCAUUUUGCAGGGCUCUGGCAGUGCUCCUCCUGCUCCUCCUUGCACAAAGGUCGGAGGUAGCGGUCCUGCUGCUGGUUUGUUGCCCUCCUACGGCCUCCUCCACAUCUCCUGGUAGCGCAUCCAUGCUCUGGAAACUACACUGACAGACACAGCAAACCUUCUCGCCACAGCUCGCAUUGAUGUGCCAUCCUGGAUGAGCUGCACUACCUGAGCCACUUGUGUGGUUUGUAGACUCCGUCUCAUGCUACCACUAGAGUGAAAGCACCGCCAGCAUUAAAAAGUGACCAAAACAUCAGCCAGGAAGCAUAGGAACUGAGAAGUGGUCUGUGGUCACCACCUGCAGAACCACUCCUUUAUUGGGGGUGUCUUGCUAAUUUCCUAUAAUUUCCACCUGUUGUCUAUCCCAUUUGCACAACAGCAUGUGAAAUUUAUUGUCAAUCAGUGUUGCUUCCUAAGUGGACAGUUUGAUAUCACAGAAGUGUGAUUGACUUGGAGUUACAUUGUGUUGUUUAAGUGUUCCCUUUAUUUUUUUUGAGCAGUGUAUAUCUACUACAACAAUAUAUACAAUAAUGCCACAUCAAUCUAUUUGCACAAAAAUAACAAUGGUUGUUCCUCCAUGUGAUCUGUCACAAUGUUUUCCCUCAUCAUUCCCUCUCCUGUUGUUUUCCCCCCACUUUGUUUACCAGUCUGCCUCACUGUUCUCUGAACCUUAAUCUCUCCAUCUCCUUCCAUUCAAAUCCAAUUUGAUUUGUUGCAUACUUCAUAAACAGGUGUAGACACAGUGAAAUGCUUACAGGUCCACCCCAACAGCGUAAAGGAUAAAACAUAAUAGAAAAAUAGUAACACAAGGAAUAAAUACACGAUGAGUAACGAUAAAGUGCAUAUAUACACAGUAGCUGAUGAAUGCAAGUGUGUGUGUUUCGACAGUAUAUGCAUAUAUAUACACACACACACACGUGUUGCACAUGUCAGUGUGAGGGUAUAGUCAAAAUAGUGAGUGCAAAAAGGGUCCAUAGUCUUAACUAUUUAGCAGUCUUCUGGUUUGGGGGUAGAAGCUAAUCAGGGUCCAGUUGGUUCCAGACAGCCGGUGCAUUGCAAUACACUGCAUGUUUUUGUUUUCAUUAUUUCAUCUUAGCGAAUCACACUACAGCGGGACAUGGCUCCAAAUCAAUAAGUUCUCUAACUCAGCUUCUCAUCUCAUUUUCUUAAAUAAAUUGUGUAUCCAAUGUAGAACCUGGUCGAACAUCACAUUAAAGUUGAUAAUCAUCGUUGUCAGCGUCGUCCUCCACUGCAUCACGGUGCCGAGGGGCCCCCAGGUUCAUCACGCUGACUAACUCAGUCUGCUCCCAACUCACUGGGACAAAAGCUAGAAGCAAAAUUGAGUGCAAUGUAGCUACUGUGAUGAUGCAGCUCCUUUAUUUUAUGUAAUAGUUAACAUCUUUGCAGUCUAGAGGAUUAGGUGUUACAGGUGAAUGAGCAAUUCUGUGUGUACAGUAAUUCAGUCAUGAUUGGCCACAUGUACACCAAAGUAGUCAGCUUGUGGACAAGAUACACUUGUAAUAUGACAUUGUGUGUUCUUACUGUCAGGGGGAUACAAUACGAUACUGUGCCUCCUUUGGUUUGUCCUGUUAGUAGGAGGACCUACUGCUCCCAGAGUGGGACCAUCAAGGAAGAGAAAAGAACAAUGUGAUAAGUCAAAUACUUUACUAACUACUUUUUUGACACCAAAAUUGGUGUGACAGAACUGGUGCAAAAAUAAGUUACUUUAUGGAUCCUAGGAAAAGUCAGGAGUAGGCCUAUGCACUAGUAUCCAUUUAUCACAGCCUAUUUGGUACACAGCCACGUUAGUACACUCAACACGCUGUUUCACGUCGAAUUAGACGGGCCUUAGUUUUUUUUUAAACAACAUUUAGAAGUUGUUCCAAACGUCAAAUUUAAGGUAGGAGUAUGAAAUGUUAAACUUUUAAUUUACAUUAGAAUCGUUAACAUUUUGAAAAAGUCGAUAGUGGGGGGGGAUCAGUGCAGUUAUCACAAAACUACCCCUAAAGGGAGAGUUAAAAAUGUAACGUAUAUCUAAUGCAACAAGGCUGUGAUGUUAGGUCUUUCAAAUGAUUUGCCACAGAUAUGAAGCUCUCCACACAUCACCGUUAACAGUUGGAAAAAUGACAGAGUGACAUGCUGACCACACUGCUCUCGUUGCAAAAUACAUUUACACAUGUUAUUAAAUCGUUCCACCCACACUGCUUGUGUGCGUCUGCAUAGUCAGGCGCUAAAAUAGAAUUAGGUUCUAUUUGUGACAUGUGACGCUCUGCAAGUCCCACCUCGUUUUUAGGAGCAUAUACCACACUCCAGUGCAGUUGGUGGUGGUAAUGCACUUUAACGUUGGUUGCCAACCACCAUAUAAAUUCCAAAGAAGAAGAAGCCUGAAGAAUGAGAGAUUACUAGAAACUAACUUGGUUUACCCUCCAAUCAGUGGAUUAAUUGUAGAGGAAUUUGUGCAUUUCAGGUAAAAUAACAACCCAAUGUUUGUAUCCCAGGACAAAUUAGCUAGCAACAGCUAGCUAGCUAAAUUGCCAUAAAUGUUUAAUGCUUUUUGACCUGUCCCCAAAUAAAUAUAUUUGAUUUAGAGUUAAUUUUGAUAUUUCAACCUGCGUGUCCUGAUCGCGUCUUGUGUGGUGGAACAAAUCAACAUGCGCGCGACGUCGCACGUGCGGUAUGGUCAGCAUGACAGGGAAGCGACAGCAGCGAAGUCCUGUAUGGCAAUAAGCAGUGAUGUAAAGUACUUAAGUAGUACUUGAAAGUAUUUUUACUUAAGCAGUUUUUUGGGGUAUCUGUACAUUACUUUUAUAUUUUUCAAAACUUUUAUUUCACUACAUUCCUAAAGAAAAUCAUGUACUUUUAACUCCAUAUUUACCUGACACCCAAAAAGACUAGUUACAUUUUGAAUGCUUAGCAGGGCAGGAAAAUGGUCCAAUUCACACACUUGUACAAGACAACGUGCCUGGUCAUCCCUACUGCCUCUGAUCUGGCGGACUCAAUAAACACAAAUGCUUCGUUUGUAAAUGAUGUUUGAGUGUUGAAGUGUGACCCUGGCUAUCUGUAAAUAAAAAAUAAAAAGGUA